AUGACUAACAUCUUAUUCCUUCCUUUUCUACUAUCUAUCUACUUCCUAGGGCUUGUAACAGCCCAUAGCAACCAUGUCUCAACCGACCUAUUCAACUCCCUAGAGGAGUUAUCUCGCAUCGUAGACAUUUCAUACUGCGUCGGCACCACAGGAGUCCAACAGCCCUUCCAAUGUCUCAGCCACUGCACCGAGUUCCCAGAUCUAGAACUCAUAACCACCUGGAACACCGGCAUCCUCCUCUCCGACUCAUGCGGCUACGUCGCCCUCUCCCACUCCCCCUCCCCAAAACGGAUCCUCAUUGCCUUCCGCGGCACCUACUCCCUAACAAACACAAUAAUCGACCUCUCCGCCUUACCCCAAUCCUACAUCCCUUACAACCCCAACACAACCAAAUGCGAAAACUGCACCGUCCACGCCGGCUUCAUGAACUCAUGGCGCAACACCCGCAAAGCAAUCCUCCCGCACGUCUCCGCCGCCCGAGCCAAAUAUCCAGACUACGAAGUAGCCCUCGUAGGACACUCUCUCGGCGGCGCCGUCGCCGCACUAGCAGGACUGGAAAUGCAGCUGAAGGGCUGGGAUCCGGUGGUGACGACGUUCGGGGAACCGAUGGUCGGGAAUGAAGAGUUUGCGAAAUUCAUCAACCAGCAAUUCGGGUUCGAUAAUGUGACUAUUCCUCCGUUCGAGGGCGGACGCUUCCGUCGCGUCACUCACGUCGAUGACCCGGUUCCGCUGCUCCCACUGCGCGAAUGGGGGUAUAGAGCGCAUAGCGGGGAGAUAUUUAUUUCGAGAUCGGAGCUACCGCCGAGGAAGGAGGAUUUGCGGUUAUGCGCCGGAGACUAUGAUCCGAUGUGUAUUGCUAGGUCGGAGAGUGAGCCGCUUUUGCGGGAGAUGUAUCGUGAGAUGAAUGUUCCGCUGGGACUGGCUGCUUCUGGUGAGGAUUGUCGCUCUGAGGGGGAAUCUGGAUCAGGGGAACAGGCUGUUUUAGGACGUGGGCGGGAUUCAGGUUGUGAGAUGGCUCGUGAGGAGAGGCUUAGGCCUUUGAGGUGGGAUUGGUCGCUUAUCCCGGCGAGGUAUCGGCUCUGGGAGUUGUUUUAUGCUCAUCGGGAUUAUUUCUGGCGUAUUGGUCUUUGCGUUCCUGGGGGUGAUCCAACUGGAUAG